ACAGAACUGUACACAAAACUGUAGAGAGGGGAAAUCCAAUGGACUUUCUUGUGAAGAAGAUUGAAGAGUUCGAUAUCUCCAGGUAUCAUAUGAGGGGACUCUAUAGGAAACUUGACUCUCCAAAGAAUGAUCCCACAGAUGACUUUGCUGAUAACACUAGGGCUGCAGAGAGAGGUUGUGAUAGUCUCACAGACUGCCUGAAGGUGCAGUCAAAGACCAUAGAGACAACCCCCUCCAGACUUAACCCCAGCAUCUCAGACCUCCUGUCCAGGCUGGGCACCACCAGCCCGGGCCACGACCAGCACCCCGCCAGCAGACCCUCUGACCCCCACCUCCACUACGACGCCAUGGUCCACAGCUACUCCCUCAACCCAGCCACUCCAACCCCGGUAGGGUCCAACAGUUCAACCGGCGCCAACCCUCACCCUCGGCCGCCGCAGACCAUGUACUGCCACCACACCUCCGACUCCCAGAGGUCACUGUGCAGCAAGGUGGAUCCUCUCUUCAUCCGCAAGGUCACGGCUGCAGAACUAGUCUGCGGGGAGAGGAAGUACAAGUGCUCAGGCUGCCUGAGGUACUACGACCAUCUGGGGACCCUGCUGGGUCACAUUGACCGGGGCUGGAGGGAGGGCUUCAGCUGCAAGGUGUUCUACAGGAAGCUGAAGAGCAUGCAGGACCACAUGGUCAUGAUGAGUUGCCAGAGCAGGGAGUCCCUGGCCAUGGAUAACGACCUUAAACUCUCCAGCUCCUCCACCACAUGCCUGGGGUCGGCCUCGCUGGCCCUGGCACUCCAGCCCACCGACAGCGACAUGAGGAAGGGAUCUGAGACAAGGGAUAAGAAGGCAGACAUGAUCCAAAAGUGGCUGCAGAAGACAGAAGUGACAGCAUCACUUCACUGAGGCAGUAAUUUUAUGAGUUGGUUGGAGAAUUUGUGUACUGUAGUAUUGUUGCUGGAUUGUCUAGAACU